AUGCCUUCAGCAGCCAUCUCGGAUAACCCUGACUUCGUUCCGGUUGCCAAAUGGCCUACCCUAGAGGCCAUGGCCACCGGUUUUCGGGAGCACCUUAUGCCUGCGUCUAGCAAACUACAGGGCCGAACCAUCAUUCACAAAUUUGACAAUGGCAUGAAAAUCUCACAUAAGUUUGCCACCGACUCUUUGGAAUGGAUGACCCUUGAGGGCGAAGACAAAGGCAAAUCUAGAACGGCCGACUAUGAAGCUUUUGAGGUCCGACCCGAUGUUUUCUUCAUCGACUUCCUCAAGCCUGGGUACAACGAGGUUGUCACAAUGAUAGCGGAUUUGACUACUGGUCAGGCCAUCACAGGUGUCUCGGGGUUCAAAGGCCAAGACACUCAGCGUCGAACGUACACUGCUUUCAUGAACGCCACCGCCUUUCAAGACCAACCUGUGCAAGCAUUCCCCUUUACUGAAGACCUGAUCGGCAAGCACAUCCUCUACCGCUACAGCUCAAAGGAUGCGUAUGAACACAUUUACCUCAACAAGGGCACAUUCGUUUGGCACUGUCUAGACGGGACCGAGAGAGGUCUCGCCGAUGCGGAAGAGUGCAAGAUGCUCAAGUUGCGAGAUGGAUUGUACCUUCUGUUCUGGACUGAGACAAUCAUGCCUGUGGAAAGCUUGGUUGUGAUUGAUUUGGAGCAUAUGCGAUCAACGGGGAGGUUCUACUGUUGGGAUCCUCAGCCGAGGGAGGCUGUCCAUGUCAGUUUUGGGUCGCAUGCUACGAUUAUGGCAGAAACCUCGCCUAUGCAGACUUUAAUGCAGGUCUCCUAG